AUGAUCCUUGUGACGGUCAACGAUCGACUGGGAAGUAAGGCGACGGUGCCGUGUUUGCCGUCGGAUACGGUGGGAGAUUUGAAGGUGUUGGUGGCGGCGCAGAUUGGUCGUGCUCCGAGGGAGAUUAUGUUAAAGAGGCAGGGAGAACGGCCGUUUAAGGAUUUUAUUACGCUCGGGGAUUAUAGUAUUACCAAUGGGGUGCAGUUGGAUUUGGAGAUUGGGACGGGGGAUUAG